GCAGCACCAGCCCCCACCCGUUGGUUUCCCCUCCCCUUCAAUUCCCCUCCCCUCGUCCCCUCCUUUCCCUCCCCUCCCCCCCGUGGCGAGGUGGCGGUGGCGGCGGCGGCGGCGGCAGCGGCAGCGGGAGCGGCGGUCGAGGCUGAGGCUGAGGAGGCGGCGGCGGGCGGGGCUCGACUCGGGCUCCGCGGGCGGGCGGGCGGACAUGGCGGCCAACAUGUACCGGGUCGGAGAUUAUGUCUACUUUGAGAAUUCCUCCAGCAACCCCUACCUAAUCAGAAGGAUAGAAGAACUCAACAAGACUGCAAGUGGCAACGUGGAAGCAAAAGUGGUGUGCUUUUAUAGAAGACGUGAUAUUUCCAACACGCUUAUAAUGCUUGCAGACAAGCAUGCUAAAGAAAUUGAGGAAGAAUCUGAAACAACAGUUGAGCCGGACUUGACUGAUAAACAGAAACAUCAAUUGAAACACAGGGAACUCUUUUUGUCACGCCAAUAUGAAUCUUUGCCUGCAACACAUAUCAGGGGAAAAUGCAGUGUUGCUCUUCUGAAUGAGACAGAAUCAGUAUUAUCGUAUCUUGAUAAAGAGGAUACCUUUUUCUACUCAUUGGUCUAUGACCCCUCAUUGAAAACACUGUUAGCUGACAAAGGUGAAAUCAGAGUAGGACCAAGAUAUCAAGCAGACAUUCCAGAAAUGCUCGUGGAAGGAGAAUCAGAUGAGAGGGAACAGUCAAAAUUAGAAGUGAAAGUUUGGGACCCAAAUAGCCCACUUACGGAUCGACAGAUUGACCAGUUUUUAGUUGUAGCACGUGCUGUUGGAACAUUUGCUAGAGCCCUUGACUGCAGCAGUUCUGUGAGGCAGCCUAGUUUGCAUAUGAGUGCCGCUGCCGCUUCCCGGGACAUCACCUUGUUUCAUGCUAUGGAUACAUUGUAUAGACACAGCUAUGAUUUGAGCAGUGCCAUCAGUGUCUUAGUACCACUUGGAGGACCUGUUUUAUGCAGAGAUGAAAUGGAAGAAUGGUCAGCUUCAGAAGCUAGUUUAUUUGAAGAGGCACUGGAAAAAUAUGGCAAAGACUUCAAUGACAUACGUCAAGACUUUCUCCCUUGGAAAUCACUGACUAGCAUCAUUGAAUAUUAUUACAUGUGGAAAACUACUGACAGAUAUGUGCAGCAGAAACGUCUAAAAGCAGCAGAAGCUGAGAGUAAACUCAAACAAGUGUACAUCCCAACUUACAGCAAACCAAAUCCCAACCAAAUAUCCACCAGCAACAGCAAGCCUGGUGCUGUGAAUGGAGCCGUGGGGGCCGCGUUCCAGCCUCAGAAUCCCCUUUUAGGGCGAGCCUGUGAGAGCUGCUAUGCUACACAGUCACACCAGUGGUAUUCUUGGGGCCCACCUAAUAUGCAGUGUAGAUUAUGUGCAAUUUGUUGGCUUUAUUGGAAAAAAUAUGGAGGCCUGAAAAUGCCCACUCAGUCAGAAGAAGAGAAGUUGUCUCCCAGCCCAAAUACAGAGGAUCCCCGAGUUAGAAGUCACGUGUCCCGCCAGGCAAUGCAGGGGAUGCCAGUCCGAAACACCGGGAGUCCAAAGUCUGCAGUGAAGACCCGCCAAGCUUUCUUCCUUCAUACUACAUAUUUCACAAAAUUUGCUCGUCAGGUCUGCAAAAAUACCCUCCGGCUGCGGCAGGCAGCAAGACGGCCGUUUGUUGCUAUUAAUUACGCUGCCAUUAGGGCAGAAUAUGCAGACAGACAUGCCGAGCUAUCUGGAAGUCCACUGAAAAGCAAAAGCACUAGGAAACCUUUGGCAUGUAUCAUUGGGUAUUUAGAGAUCCAUCCUGCGAAGAAACCUAAUGUAAUUCGAUCUACACCAAGCCUGCAAACCCCAAGUACCAAGCGGAUGCUAACCACGCCGAAUCAUACAUCUCUGAGCAUUCUGGGGAAAAGAAACUACAGUCAUCACAAUGGUCUGGAUGAACUCACAUGCUGUGUGUCAGACUAAGCCAUCCCUGUUUCAUCCUACAAUCCGGACUUGCUAAACAGUCCUGCUGGCGUUCACAGUCGUGCCUGGGAAGGAGGCAGCCCCACUUGCAGGACUUUUCGGCGGAGGUCUCUAUGCCUGUGCCCCGUGGAGCAGGGGGAGAACCUGCAGGAGUGCGUGUCCCCAAAGCUGUGUCUCGUGCAGGAACCAGUGGCACCUCACUUUCUUCUCAGCGGGACCUGGCUGAGAACCAAGGGGCUGAGGGAGCCACUCUGCCGCCUCCCUUCUGCAGUGGCUCCCUGAGCAGUGGGGCUGCUGCAAGCCCCGAGCCAUCGCUGCCCUGCAUGUGCCAGCUCAGCUGUCUUGUGCUGUGUAGUUCUGUACAGGAGGGAAAUGGCAUCUUUCUGAAUGGGUUUUUCUUGAGGAAUGUGCCAGUGUUGAUGCAGUUCAUGUUAUUUCCCUAGCCUUGCUGUUGCCAUCACUUGGCUUAUGCCUUUUUUUAAUGGGGAAAUUUUGCUCUUACCCCUUGCAUCCUGUAUUUGCUCCCCCUCUCCCACUUCCUACAAGAUCCAGAAUUACCUGAGGUUCUGACAAAAGAUAAUCAUCUGUGGGGAGCCUGUUAACUCUUACCAUCAUUUGCAUUUUGUCAUUGGAGAGGUGCGGGUGUUCUGCUUGGUCCCAGACAACUCCAAGAGCAGGUGUUAAAUGUGCCAACGUGUGGAUCACUGUGAUGAGCCGUUUGCUCACUGCUCUGUUCCCUCACAGCCAAACCAGCCAAGGAGGAACUGCAGCCAAGGGCCCUGCCACAAAUCACCUAGUUUUAUUUUGAGCAGGUAGAAUCUGCCUGGCCGAGGGUUGUGGAGAGAAAGGACUAUGUUUGCAGGUAUGAGUCUGUGUAAAUGACUCACGACCCCCACCCCUCCA